GUUUCCUUUUCUUGCCAGCCCACUCUGGUACAAGUCCCAGUCCCGCUCCGUGUCGCGGCUGCGCAGAAGCCGAAGCUCUUUGGGCCUCUUGCGCGCCGUCCUCCAGCCUGGGGAUGUGCUUUACAUCCCGCUCUGGUGGUGGCACGAAGUUCGCACCAUAAGCUCCGGCGUUUCCAUGUCGACAACCUUUCGGUACCACACGGAGGAUGCGGAGCGCUUUGCGAAGGUCAUGAAUGCGUUCUACCAGUUCCACGCCAAUGCCAAAGCGUAUGGAUCUGGCAGACUGGCAAAGCACAUCCGCUCCUACUUCGCUUUUGCCCUGGCAGCAGAAGAGCCGCGUGCUGCCCACCUGCCUUGCAGCUCUCGCACAUGGGCCUAUGGAG